UACUGUGGAACGAAUGUUGUUUGUCGCUACGAAAGACAUUUUUUUUUCUCGAAUCUUUGGAGAAAGUAAUCUCGCAGCAUCUGGAGUUUCAUGGUGCUCUUGGAACUUAGGUAGUCCCACCUGGUCACAUCAGGUACAAGUAUCUCUGUGAUGUUUUCAUCAGGUCUUGGAUGUAAUCUAUCGUUUCCCAGUUGCUUGGGCUAUCCACAGGACAGCGAGGAACUAAUACCAAAAAUGGCGCGAGAACCCAUUAUUCUCAAUGUCUAUGACAUGUACUGGAUUAAUGAGUAUACCACACCAAUUGGACUGGGCGUCUUCCAUUCAGGGGUUGAAAUUUAUGGAGUUGAAUAUGCGUAUGGUGGCCACUCACUCCCAAUCUCUGGAAUUUUCGAGAUAUCUCCGAGGGAUGCGGAGGAGCUUGGUGAACAAUUCAGAUUUAGACAAUCUGUGCACAUUGGCUACACGGAUUUCACAGAAGAAGACGUGACGAGAAUUGUCUCGGAAUUGGGAAAAGAUUUUCGAGGAGACAGGUACCAUCUAAUGAACAAAAAUUGCAACCACUUCAGUGGUCAACUAACACAGAUUCUGUGUGGACAAGAGAUACCAGGAUGGGUAAAUCGAUUGGCAUACUUCAGUUCCUGUGUUCCAUUCCUCCAACGCUGCCUACCAAAAGAAUGGCUGACACCAGAUGCCCUGACGCACUCACUGAGUCACGUCAGCCAUCACGAAAGUACACCACCAUCUGAGAAUUCAUUGUAACAUUUAGCACACGAGGAUGGCAGCCAAUGUAACAUUUUGAAAUGUCGCAGGAGUCGUACGUUCUAAAUUAAUCGUAAUUCUAUUUAAAUCUUAAAAGAAAUGUUAUUUAAAAAUGAAGAACCGAUAAAUAGCUCAUUAAAAACAGCAGAUUAGUCUCCUGAGGCUCAAAAUGUGUCAAAUCGCUGAACCAUCGUCGAGAAGUUCAAAGUCAUAACCUGAUUGGGCAGCAUAAAAUUUGAAACAAUGGGGUGAAAACUAAUUGAAUUGUCAAUAGUUGUUUCGUUAAUUGUUGAAUCAUCUCGGUAAUGAGUAAUAUUGAAAGACUUUCAGGUGAGAAUUUCGUUGUAGCUUCAGAAUUUUUUGCAGAAUAAUCUGUAAGAAGUCCUUAGGCAAUUAAUUUUUUCUCUAAAAAAGUUUUGUAAAUUAUUUUUUGAAAAUCUGAGAAACGAAGAGGUUUAGAAGAGGACAUUUUUAGAGAUGUUGGUCAAAUAAUCUGGAGGAAAUGUUUAUGGAUAAAAUUCUCAUUUAAUAAUCGGAGCUUUUUAAAUUGCUGUGAAAAGAAAUUUCGUUAGGAGAUGGCUUUUGUAGGGAAUUUCAUGAUUCUUGAAAUAUGGGGUUUGAAAUCUUUUUCUAAUUUUAUCAAUUGCGGAAAUAUUUGAAAAAUAUUGUCUGUAAAUUUUUUUAACAAUGAAAUUUCAUCUGAAAUUGUUGAAUUCAAACAAUUUUCUUUGAAAUUUACUCUGUAUUUAUGACAUUUCCUUAAAAAAAUACUCAUCAUCAAUAUGAUCACGUAAUUAACAAAAUGAUUGUCAAUUCAAUCACUUUUAUGGCCAAAACUACUGAAAAAGUGGAGAAAACGUAUUGAAUUGUCAAUACUUGUUUCAUUAAUUGUUGAAUCAACUCUGUAAUGAGUGAUGUUAAAAUUCUCCUGACAUUUUCAUAAAUCUUUGCGGAAUAAUCUACAAGAAAUUCUAAUGGAUAGAAUUUUCCUUUCCAAAUUUGCACUUAUCAAAUUACCGUAAAAAAGAAACUCGUUAGGACAUUAUUUUUUAAGAGAAUUAAUCCUUAAAAAAUGGAUUUUGAAAUCUUUUUCUGAAUCUCUAAAUCAUGGAAAUGUUUGCAAGAUAUUCUGUAUUCAUAACACUUCUUUCGAAAAAGGCUUAUCACCGAUAUGAUCACAUAAUUAACAAAAAAGUUGUCGAUUCAGUCAAUUUUAUCCCUAAAUUACCAAAAAACAUGAAAAUCCCCGGAAUAAAUCCAAUGCCUUUCUUGGUGAACUUAAAUUAAAUAAAUGAAAAAUAUCUGUUGAUCAGUGAAAGAUUAAUAGUGAAUAAAACGAUGUAAUUAAUGCCUACAAAUCAAAGUGAUUAGGAGACUGAGAUUUAUGUAGCCAUUCGGGUAUUGACAUGAGGAGAAAAAAAUGAAGAAUUAAUUGGCUUCCUUAUUGUUACGAAUUAGGAGAAAUUGAUAAUGAAUUCGUCUCUCUUGGUAACAAAAAAUACGAUUACGUUAAUCUUUGCUUUAAUUGAAUAACCCAUUUAACUAUUGUGAAUGAUUAAAUUAAUCACAAUGAGUUAAUCGUGAACUAAUUCACGCGUCCACUACUUUAAAUGAAGAUUAUAAAAAGGGUAAAUUAAAAUUAUUUGGCAAGAUAUAAUGGAACAUUUCUGUGAUGGGGUGCGAUAACGUCAAUGUCUUUGACACGACAAAUUUUCAACAAAUUUUACUCAUUAUUUUUAUCAGUUUAACUGCAAUUACUUCUGAUGAACGCAGUGAGGAGAUGAGUUCGAUCAAGUGAAUAACUGAUAUCUCGUUUUGAAUUGAUGAGAAAAUUAAACUGUACAAAUUCUAGCUCAUCUUCUCAAUUUGUAAUAUUCCACUAUGUAUUUCUGCACAAUUAAUUAUCUAAUCAGUUAAGUUCCCUUCAAUGCCAUCAGAAUUAACUCAACGAUUCUAAUCUCUAACGCAUUUAAUUCAUUUUAGUUUAUAAUUUGAUGCAUGAUGAUACAGCACUUCACAGGGGAUUGGUUGAAAAUGAAGGAGUAUAUUUUUGGUGAAGUGAUGAGUUAUUGCGCAUGUCUGGAUUAAAUUUGCAAAUUAAUUUGAUAGUGAAGAAAAAAAGGAUUAUUGACAUUUUUCCAUAGACUAGAUCUCUCCAUUGUCAAGAUAAUUUGAUAUGUAACAAGAUGCAAAGAAUGAAUUAUUAGACUUUCACUUCACUUCACUUUUUUUCCAUACGUUCGUGAGGGCUUCGAAAAAUUCAAGAGUUUUUAUUAAAGAAUUUCACAAACUUUAAAGGGAGAUCCACUGAAAUUUUAAUGUCGCUGUUGCCUUCAUCGAUCAUGCUGAUGAGUUUACUACACUAAGAGAAAAAAAAUUAUUUUGGCCAAAUCUUCCUUUACUUGAGAGCAACAUUUAUUUUUUCAAAAUCGUAUUUCUCCAAUCGAGUCAUUCCCAGACGAGCCUCAUUAGAUUUCUAUUAUACCAAUCAUGUUGCUGUAGACGAUGACUAUGUUGCACAUGAACUUGGAUGAACUCCUUCAAUGAUUUUUAAUUUUUUCUAAAUUUCUUAUUUUCUAGAGGGAACAAUUUUGAUUAAUUUUUUUAUGUUGAAUAAUUAUUGAAGGAAUUCACUCAAGGUAAUAACUGUGAUCAUCUUCUGGAACAGUAUAAUUAGCAAAAUUAAAACCUAAUGAGGAUUGCCUGAAAAUGACUCGAAUGGAGAAAUGCGGUAUUAAACAAAUAAAUACUUCUCUUAAGUAAAUGGAUAUUUGGCAAAGAUAUUUUUUUUCUCAGUUCACUUCAGUUUUAAUGUCAAAAAAUCUGUAAAAAUUAAGUUUGAUUUUUUUAUUGAUCAGAACGAGGCUUUAGAGGAGUGAGAUUUUAAUGAACAACUAAAUGAGCUUUCUUAAAAAUUUCUAUUGUUUGAGCUUUUGGAUUUUUUUUUCUCAAAAUUGGCUGCCUUGAAACAUUUGAAAAAUUAGUAAAACUCAACAUAAUAAAUCUUUGGAGUAGGAAAUUUUUCCGAUUUUUCAAAUCAUUUACUCAAAAUAUAAUGAGAAAAAUGAUGAAAGAAAUCUGCAAAAAUUCAUACUUUAGUGAUCCUCUAUGUACUUCAAUAUUAACUUUUUUUCAUAUUUUUCACUCGCAGCAAUUUCGAGGAAAAAAAUCUAAAAACAACAAAUUAAGAUUUUCAAAAAGCCUCAUUUAGUUGUAUUUAUGAAUAUAUUCUGUAUGUGUAAACGAAAAUUCAAGUCAAUCGAUUGACAAUUAUGUCAUGAGGACAAUUUUAAGAUUCCAUAAAUGAAAAAAAAUAAAAACCCAAUUUUUCAUCAUUUUUUUACAUCAAAACUGAAGUAGUAAAUCCAUCAGCGCAAUGAAUAAAAGCCCGCGCAAUUUUAAAACUCUACUGCGGUCUCUCGUUAAGAUCACAUGUGAUGUUUUCUCAUUUGGGGAAUUGCCUGCCGCUUCAAUUUCUGGAUUUGCCUCCUUUUAUUAUUUCUCUACACAUAAAGACAGAAAGUCGAUUCGAAGAUCGUUGUCGGACGCAUAAAACUUGUUACAGAAAGAAAAAAAAAACCUAGUGAAAUUUAAAUUAAGGAUGAAUGGUAAUGCAUGUUGCGUAGAAGUGAAUUAUUGAUUAUUAAUUAACAAAGAAUCGCCAUAAGACUCUAAGAUAAUAAAAAAUGUGUUUACUUCUCCUUGGUCCAACAUAUUUACUUAUUAUUCAUUAAUAUCUUUAAUGUCAUACAUGUUUUUUUAUGUUUUGUUGUGUUUAUCAUCACUCAAUAAAUUGUGCGCACAUUUUUCAACUUUACUUCAGAGAGUUUGAGUGUCUCAAUGACUUCGAAUAUUUAUUUACUUCGAGGAUGUCAUGGGAUUGUCAACUCUCUAAGAAAAAUCUCAAAAUUCGCUGUGUGAAAUGAACUAUUUCACUGGAAAUGGAGGUGGGGAGAUAAAAAUUGUGUUUUCAGGGCAAUUUUAUGGACCCUAGUACGGGAUAAAGAAGAUAGAAAGCAUUAAUUUAUUCAGGUUUGAAUUAUCUUCUUUGAAAUUCUGUGAAUGAAGAGGAACAUGAUUUUUUAUGACGAGGAAGUCGGAGAUAAUGAAAAGGGUUGGAGUUACAAGAAUUAUUCUGCUGGAAGGCCGGAGAAAUUUCCGCUUCCGAAUGCUAUAAGAGGACUUGAUUCUCUUCAUUAUUUCACGAAAUGAACGAAUUUUCAAAAUGUUUGACAAAAAAAAUUGACAUUAAAUAUGUAAUGAAAAUUGAUGACGGUUUCAACACGUCAAACCGCGUAACUAUCGAAGAAUUGAAUAAACAUUAAUGAGCCUUAUACACGGGCCCUUAUGGCGUUAUGAGUUCAAGUGGACAAUUUGUCCCUCAGGGGAUAAAAAAAAAAAUUGAAAAAAUAGGGGGCAAUGCAAAAUGAUGCACUGAGUGUGAUGAUGGCGAAAUAAAUGGGAGACCGGGGCAAAUGAGAGAGAUAUUUUGACUCUCCGCGCCCAUAUGAUCCCAUGAGAAAGUGUUCGUCCAUUACAUCUUCUUUAUUCAUUUUCUCGAUAUUCAAUUCGGGUUGAUGGGUUGAAAUCGUGGCAGAAAUGGCUCAUAAAUUGUCCUCUACCAGGAAAAAAAGUUUUUUUUAACAACCUAUGAAAUGCCCAUGACAUCCUCAAUCAAGUCACUAUAGUUCGAUAUUUUUAUCGUUCAACUGGUAGAUGAUUAAGAAUAUUAGGGGUUUGUAUGAGUAAGAGUAUUUCUAACGCAGUUGUUGCAGGAUAAAUAGUCGAGAUUGAAUGAAUAAUACAGAACUACAUGAAUUAACAUUUUAAUAUGAUAAAACCGAGGAAAAUAGUAAAUUUUAUUCAUAGAUCCGUUAUUGAGAUUUACCCUGAGUUAUUUUGUCAACAUGGGAGUAUGAAGACUGCCAACUAUGAAUAGACGUAUUAUUUCUGAAUACUAGAAAUUAUUGUUCAGAUCCAUUGUAAUGAAAAGUUUAUGAAUUUCAUGACAUUAUUUAAGUAAUAAUAUUGAAUAUCGGAUUGCGAAGGUGACAAGUUAAGCCCGGCUUUUUUUUCUCUUUUUUAAUGAUCUGUAGUGAUGUGAGAGUAAUUUGUUACGAUUGUAUAUUAACCUCAUGAAGGUAUAGUAAUAAAAGACAAAUGGAAAGGA